CCGCUUUUCCUUCCGCACUGGGACAAGCUCUGUUACCGGGAGAAGUUUCUCCAGGAAAGGCUAAAUACCCUUGGACGCUACUGGUGAGCGAGAGACACCAGCUUACCGCUGCGGCUGCCAGGCCUCGGAUGAUCCCUGCCUUCUGAGCCGUCCAGAGCAGCCCCGUAGGCCGUAGCGGGCGUGGGAUGGACUCGCCGGUUGGUCAGUGGCUCUGCCUUCCGUAGCCCGCAGGGUUCCGCCCGGGACGCGCGGUUUAGUUUAGUAGCUGCGGUCUCCUUACCUGUUUGGGUUCUCAGCACCGCAGAGCACCGUUGCCAUCUAGGCCAGUGGAGGCCAGUUCUCCCGCCGGCCAGGUGCUCGGGAUACCAGUCAUCUGUGAACCGUGGGGCUGUGCGACACUCAAGCCAGCUUACCACACUUCCAACUGUGUCACACUCCCAAGGCGGCUCCUUUGGUCACAAGGUUUCCCCAAGGUCACCUUUUUGUAAUUCUCAUAGAUUGGGCUACAGGAUGAGACAUAUCUCCACAAAGAAGCAAGCAGAUACUUUUAAAAAUAAACAAAUCAAUUUUGAGUUCGUUUUCUAAUGCCGCUUUUGUGGUCAGAGUUGAAAAGAAACAUUUUAAAAUUAGGUUCAGGAAGAGACUCUUUCCCCCGAGCCCCCGGAUGUUUUAUUUCGGAUCAAAUCUAGCUGGUUCAGACCAAGAACAGUCUGUAGUUCAAACAAAAAGAAACAUCCUCGUUACUUGAAAUUUGAAUUUGGGGGAUCAAUUUGAUAGUAAUGAGACAAGAGUAACCAAGGCUAACCAGUUGUUUUACAGAUUCUAUUGAAAUGGAUUUAGAACUGCCGAGAUGGAAAAAAAACACGUGAAUGAAGGCCAGUUUUUAUACUGUCACAGCACAUCUGACUUCUAGCACAGAUGAUCUCUCUCUUUUUUAAACCAAAGAAAAAUUGUGCUAAGGAAGGAAAAGAAACCUCUAUUUUAGAGAACUGUCCGUUAUAAACAUGUUCCGUCUACGAGGCGUCUCUCUACUCUCUUGGAGAGCGUUUCCGUUCCGCCCCUUCAGUUGUGAGUCAUUAAUUGUUCAGAUGCAGAACUGUGCAGAUGAAGAACAAGUGUUUGAUCUUAUCGAGAGAAAUAAGGCCACGCUCUCAGAACAGCAAGUGGGCUGUGCAUUUAACGUACUUUGGCAGUUUCAGAAGCAGAAGACCAUCUUGGAGAAAAAUGUUGAGCGCGUUAGAAACCAUCCUCAGUUUCUUAGUCUUUGCAGUGUUACGACAGAUCACAUCCCAGCAAUGAGUGAUGUCACCCUGGUGGAUGUGUUAUACAGCAUAAAACAGUUUGCAGUUGAAUCCCAUCACCCACUAAUUGAGGCCCUGGUCACAGAAGGGUGGCGAAGACUCGAAAGGUUCGAUAUUAAUGUGCUGUCAAUAUUUUCCACUUGCCUGGCCGAUCAGCACUUGUAUUUUAGUCCAUUAAUGGGAAAAAUAGCUGACAUUGUGAAUAGGAAACUGGAAGCCAUACAGGACUUAAGGGCCUUGUCUGUCUUGAUGGUCAGCAUUUCUUCUUUAAUAUCACCGUGCUUUCAAGAACGACUGCUGACCAGAGCAGAACUUCUUUUUGACACUGUAGAUUCUUCCAAGGUCAACAUUGCAAGGAGGAUACUACUGUUCCUUCGGAAUGUCAAGCACAGUCACUACCCACUGUUAGAGAGGUGCAAUCAAGUGUUCAUCAGAAAUGUGAGCCAUCUUGACUUGGAGUCCAUCAGUCGAAUCCUUAGUCUGUAUCAGUCUCUACAGUUCCACAGCUUUGAAUUUAUCGAGGUGGCUCGAGGGAGGCUGGCUGAGCUGAGCCUCCCUUCUGACCAUCCUGAAAGCUUCGUCAGACUGUUUGCUGCGCUGGGGCCGGUGGCCAGGCCUGAGAUAAGGAAACAGCUUAAAUCAACUAUACUGCUGCUGUCAGAGGAGCUGAGCAGCCAGCAAGCGCUGACUGUGUUGGGAGCAAUGGAAGACAUGGAAAGCAGAGACUCACACUUGAUUAAAAAGAUCGUGUCUGUCCUGUACAGACAUUUGGAUAACUGUAAAUCAGUAGAGCUAUUGAAGAUAAUACAAGCGCUGACAUUCCUACACUUCCAAAGUAAGGAGCUUUUUAUGAAACUCAGAGAAGUACUUCUCAGUCGUUUGGAAGCUAGUGUCACACCCAGCGAGGUUUCCGUUCUGGUCUCUGCUCUCUCCAUGCUUCCAUAUCCUCACCUCAACGAAACAGCCCUGUCCCGAACUGAGACAGUUUUACCACAGUGCGACUUCAGGGAACUGAGUGAUUUGGUAGUGUGUCUCAUGCGCUGGAUUCAGAAUGAUCACCUGUGCUCGGCUAGCACUGCUGGGAAGCAACUGGACCUCCUUCAAAAACUGGAUCACUGGGGCCAUCGCCGGCUGCAGCAGAGCACCAGCUUGGAUCUACUGUGGGAGGAGCUUAAGUCUGUGAAGGGAGAGUGGCUUCAUGAGUCCCUGGUUGAAGAAUCAAUCACCGCUUUGCAGCGCUUUAUGGAUGAGAUCGAUCACAGCAAUGUCGCCAAGAUCGCAUCUUUCCUUUCCAAAACUAACUACCUCAGCACUCCGCUGCUCGACAGGAUAGCUUCGGUGGUCGUUGAGCAGAUCAAGAAGAUCCAUCCCUUUUCAGUCCUUGCUAUUAUUCUCCCAUUCAGCAUUUUGAACUAUGAUCCACCUCAAAAGGAUGAAUUUUUUGGAGCGUGUGUCCAGUGCUGUAAUUCUUACUUAGGUACAUUGGAUCCUGGGACAUUAGUGUUUCUUGGUUUCUCUAUGGCUACACUUGAAUAUUUUCCAGAAGAUCUGCUAAAGAAAAUGUUUAACAUCGAGUUCCUAGCCAGAUUAGAUUCCCAGCUUGAAAUUUUACCUUCAAGUCUCAGUGCAAGGAUCCAGUUCCGCCUUAUGGAGUUAAAUAGAGCCGUCUGCUUGGAGUGCCCCGAGCUGCAGGUCCCGUGGUUUCAUGACCGCUUUUGUCAGCGACAGUUUAACAAAGAUACCGGUGUUAUGAAUGGAGCGCAACAACAGAUCUAUAAAAUGUUAGCAGAGGUCCUGGGAGGACACCGAUAUGUAAAGCCUUCGACUCUUUCACCAUAUUACCACACAGUGGAUUUUGAAUGCAUUUUGGAUAAACGAAAAAAGCCCCUGCCUUAUGAAAGCCACAGCGUAACUCCGGGAAAAUCCCCAGGAGUACACGGGGAUUCAAAUACUUCAAGAGCUGAGCCAAGGCUUCCACCAGAAGCUGAGAGGAUUGCUAUAGAAUUUUUGGAUGUAAGAGCCUUUUGUUCAAACAUUCUUCACUUAAAAGGAAAAUCUGCUAUGAAAAAGCGGCAUUUGGAAAUCUUGGGCUAUCGUGUUAUUCAGGUCCCCUACUUUGAAUGGAACUCCAUGGCAAUGUCAACGAAGGAUACACGGAUGGACUACCUGAGAGAACAGAUAUUUGGAGCAGGCAGAUCAUGACUGUAGUUUUUUUUUUUUCCCUCCAUCUUUAUUAAAUUGGGUAUUUCUUAUU